UGGCGCCGGCGCGUGCGCACUUCUAACGAAAGCGGCCUACGGGGAGGCUGCCGGCGAGUGGAGGCCAGCGCGCAUGCGCAAUGGUCCAGGGCACGUGCUAGUUCUCUUUUCGUGGUUCUGCGCUAGGUGCGAGGCGCGUGGGCGGGAUCUGUGCAGCGCCGAUUUUGCCGUCAUUCCCCUCAGUAAAUAGCGAGGCCAGUUGUGGCCUCCUGCUGCCUGAGGCCCGCCAGGUAGCCGCUGGGGCCUCUCUCUUCGUUUUUUUCUGCAAUACAAUGGAUACAAUUUGUUAUGGCUAUUCUGAGUGUGAUAGGAUCAAGUUCACUUAUUGCCUACUCUGUAUUCCAGAAUAUACAGAAAUCUCCAGAGAUAAGGCCACUCUUUUAUCUGAGUCUCUCUGACCUUCUCCUGGGGAUAUGCUGGCUCACUGAGGCACUUCUCUAUGGAACUUCAGCAGCUGAUAAGGAUAUUGUCUGCUAUAACCUGCAAGCAGUUGCACAGAUAUUCUACAUUUCCUCAUUUCUGUACACCGUCAAUUAUAUCUGGUAUCUGUAUAAAGAGCUCAGGACAAAACAUACCCAAAAUGAACAGAGCACAACUCCACUGGUUGUAAGUAAUACUUGCCAAAUUGGUCAAAUGACCAUUAUUUUGUCAAGCCUGAUACCUAUACUGUUAGUGGCACCUGUAUUCUGUCUGGGCAAUGCCAGUGAGUGUUUCCACAACUUCAGCCAAAGCCACAGGUGCAUCCUGAUGCAGUCACCACCAUCAACCAUGGCUGAACUCCUGCCUGCUGCCAACACGUCAGUCUGCAGCAUACUAUAUUUUUAUGGUCUCACCAUCUUCCUGGCCAGCUUUCUACUCAGCCUUCUCUCCAUUGUGGUCUUACUCAUCCAAGCCCGAACACUGUAUAAAAAGUUUGUGAAAUCAACUGGGUUUCUGGGGAGUGAACAGUGGGCAGCAAUUCGUGUCCUGGAGCAGCGAGUGUGCUUCUAUCCCACAGCCUUCUUUUGCUGUUGGGGCCCAGCUGUCAUUCUGAUGUUUAUAAAGCUGACUAAGACACAGGACACCAGGCUUCACAUGACCCUCUAUGUUCUCCAGGCUCUAACAGCAUCAUCUCAGGGUCUGCUCAACUGUGCAGUUUAUGGCUGGACACAGUACAAGUUCUACCAGCUAAAGCAAGAGAAUCGGCGUGAUGCAGACACUCAGACACCAUUAUUAUGCUCUCAGAAGAGAUAUUAUAGCAGGGGCCAAGGUACACAGGAGUCUAUUCUUGCUUUUGCUUCCAACACUUCCACUACUCUUUGAAACUACAAUACUAGAACGUCCAAGAACUAAGAGUUAUCCAACACUAUUAAUAGACUGGGAAGAGUGCUUAGGAAUAAGAUUUUUUAUUUUGUUUUUUAUAACUAUGCUUUGAACUCUGGAAGUGAAAGGGAAUAUAGUUGGUAGCUAUUCUAUGUGAAUUGGACAAUAUCAUUCCAUUAUUCUAAGAUUUACUGAUUUUCUUCAAGAAUUUUUUUAAGAAGAUGAAAUCACUUUCCAUCUAAAAAUGGACUUAGAUUACCUCAAAUGUAUCUAAAUUUCUUCGAUCAAAAAUAAAUUCCAACUUAAUACUUAUA